GGAAGUAACACGCUUGCGCUGACAGCAGAGGAAGGAGGGAGGGAGGAGCAAGCCACAGGCCGGAGGAGGAGGAGGAUGGCAGCAGCUCUGCCGCCACUGCUGGUCACCUUGGUUUGGGUUGGAGUCCUGCUCCUCCCAACAGCGACCCAUGGCGCGGCCGUUGCGCAGCCCCGGACCCUGCCCUUCUCUUGGAACCUUGGGCAAAUUGCAAGGGCCCUGCAUUUGGACUGGCCACCAGGUUCCCUCAAGGCAGCCCUGCUAGCCCAGGCCCUAGAGCAGCUUCUCAAGGCAGAGGCUGGGUGGCAGGAAUGGGAACGGGAGACCAAGGCUGAAGCUGCUGCCCUGGCCCAGCUCCUCUUGCGCCUGUGGGGCUUCACGCAUCUUGAGCCUGAGGUCAACAUGGAGGAGGCAGUGGCACUUGGUCCCAAGGCUCAGGCCAAGGAUGAGGCAGCAGAUUCCAAGCAGGCACUAUUCAGAUUCCUGAUGAGCCGGCUGUUGGCCAAGACAUCAGAGACUCGAAUCACUCCCACCUCGGUCUGGGGGGAACCAUGGCCCCUGCAGCAUCGUCGUUUGCGCCGAGACCUGGGCUCAGGUCCUGCUUCUGUGUCACAGGGGACCGCACUACUCCGUUUGAACCACCUGCAGGCCUCAGGAGCCAAGGGCAAGGUCCAGCGGAGAGUACCACUUGCUACCACACACUACUGGCCAGAGUGACAGGGUCUCCAACCACCUAAGUCCCCUUGCUUCCUGUCUCUCCCCUCCACCAUGCAUGUUUAUCCCUACCUCAGCACCCAAGCUUAAUAAAAAAGCCUCCUUUCUGCCCCUACAA